CGUUCAGCUCGGCUACGAUGCGAUAUGCAUUAUCGACGGAGGCGAUGAUCUCAAAAUUCUACUCCCGAACUCGUCGCUACGAUUUAGCGCCAUGUUUUUGGUAUCGCCUAAAACCGUAGCGUUGUGUAUCUCCCUACUCAUCUCUGUUAUUAUGUCGAUAAGUCGUCAUUUCAUAUGUAUAUCGUGGUUAAGCUUUAUACGAGACAAUGGCUGUGAAAGAAUAAAAUUAUUUCUAAAUAGUUGUAUAUCCAUUGUGUAUUUGAAGAAAGUGUUUUUCCUGUUUUCAAAACUUUGAAUUCAUAAAUUCGAAUAUCAUUGUUGAUCUUUGUUGUGUCCACUGGUCUGUUGUCAUUUUUAUGGUGUAAUGCAAGUAGAUUAGUUUUUGUACUGAAUAUGUUUUGUUAGUGUUAUCAUGCUACAUAAUGCAAUAUCUCGUUCUGCUUGCAAUAAUUUUGACAUGGAUGGCAGACAGGCUGAAAUGUUCCACAAUGAAUGGUAUUUUGAAUCCAUGGUCAGGGGGACCUUUGAUAAAACUUGAAAUUUGGCCUGAAAUUAUGAAUUUUUCUGAACAUAAGGUCAUAUUUCGUAGAAAAAAUGAAUCUCUUAAUAUGACUUGCACAGCUGUUUAUCAAAAUAAUGACAAAAAAGAUCCACCAUUGUUUGAAUAUACUGUUGAUUGGAUUAUACCUGCUCAUAUACAGAAUGGGAAUAGACUUUAUAGUGAAGCUAGAGUGGAACGAGGACAAGCUCCAAAUACUGCUUGGUUAUGGUUUAGUGAUCUUACUGAGAAAGAUGCUGGUGAUUAUAAAUGUAUGGCUGUUGCUUUUAAUUCAACUAUUCAAAAAUCACUCUCCACCAGCAUACGAUUAUCCGUCAAACCCAAAUAUAAACAAUGUGGUCCGUUAUGGUUUAGAUGCCAUAAUACAAUUUGUAUCAUGAACCGUUUUGUAUGCGAUGGUAAAAAAGAUUGUGACGAUGGUGAGGAUGAAAGUCAAGCUGCUGGUUGUGGUAAAGAUCCUUGUGCUGGAAAAAUGUUUUGCUAUGGAAGAUGCAUGCCACCUGAAUGGUGUUGCGAUCAACAUAACUGUACUGCUACUUCGCAAUUGGCUCAUCCUGAACCAUCUCCUGAUCAUCCACGAUUUACGGAUAUAGGUUUCCUUCAAAUAACAAUUUACACAGUAAUUGGAUGUGCAAUGGCCUUUAUGUUCAUAGUAACUAUAUUAGUGAUAGCGAUAUGUAGAGUACAAAUGAAAAGAGCAAUGAAUUCACGAUGUUCUCAGCAAAUGCGAAUUGGUUGUUCCCGCACACGUCAUACUGUACCACUCUAUGAUCUUGAUGUGUAUUUAAAUAGAACAACGGCUGCAAAUCGACCUGGAGGCGUGAGUUUUAUGUAUAACAUAAACGGUGAAGUACAAUUCGUAGGACGCCCUGUAGAGCCGCCACCGUAUUCUGAAGUUGUCGCUGUUCCACCAAGAGAAGGUCCUCCACCUCCAUAUGUAUCUUGUGAAAAUUUAUUGGAGCCUCCUGCAAUCCAAAGAACCUCAUCAUUUCCAAAUUCCAAUGCAUACACUGCAGAAAAUUCACAAGCAAUAACUAACGAACGUAACGUAAGUAAUGAAAAUACGGAUUCAUCGACUACUAGAGUCUCUUCCAGUAUUCAAUCAGGUGCAAAUUUUCCGAAUAUACAGUGCUUUACGUCCGGUCAAAUACCAAGACCUCAAGUACAACCCGGUUUUGGAAUAUUUAAUUUUAAUCUUAAUUGCGACAAUAUAUCAAACGCGACAUUUAACAUUUCGGACAACGUUACUUUGAACGCAAGCGGUAAUUCUGACUCUAGUAGCACCGGGUCGGCUGGUAGUUUUACAAUUGCAAGAAAUAUCACGUCGCACUCACAGAAUUUUGAACCCGAGUACAUGGAAACGGAUUCUCUGCUGACGGAUAGUCAUCAUAACGUUGAUGCGCAACAUCCAGUUCAAGUCUCCAGAAAUGGCGACAGUCGCUACGUAUUUUUAGACAACCGUCGUACGGGACGUUGUGCAAAUUCGAGUACGGAUGAUACUCCUCGACACUGGCGCGAGGUUGAAAGAAGUUUAUCCGGAAGUGAAGAUCGCACAAGAGCCUAUCGUUCCAGAAAUUCAGAAAACGAAGGGAUUUUUUUGGAAACUGAACAUGUCUUCGAUCCGAUUGAUAGUAUUUCUAAUGACACUAGCAAUGCUGCUGCACCCUUGCCAUACUUUCUAAAUAGUGAUUCAACGAUUAGUGGCUUUAAAGACUUAGAUAUUAAUCCAAGCUCUUCUACGAUGACGGUAGACGAAACUGGUUCCACAGGUCUAGUCAGUAACAAAAGAGACUUAGCGAAGGGACAUGUAGAAAAAUAUGGUAUCAUAUCAAAGGUAUCGGCAGAUGUAAUUAAUUCGAAAUUAAAUGAUAACAUAGCGGACGUAAGUUUGCUCGUGCAAACUCAAAAGUGCCUCGAUAAGAACGCGCAUGAUGAUAAUGUUGAUAAUAUCCCGAAAUGUGAGAAUCUAGAUACCCAUAAGGAUUCUUUGCCAAAGGACGAAAGGGAGACUCUUCUGCCUUCUUUAAAUUCAUCUUCCAACGAUAUUCACGAUGGCAACAGAGACGCUACUGACGGUGAACAAGCUACACCAAUACGAGAGGUUCAACCUUUGGUUUUACCUUUACGUGAAUCUUUCAUUGGAGUACGAAAGGAGAUUUGAAAUCCCUGUGCGAAAUGAAAUUCAGAAACGUGAGGCUACGGUUAUACUAAAAAUUACAUGAUUUCACUUUGCUUAUCUAAUCACUUUUAAUCAAAGUGAUUAGAACUUAUGCUGAAAUUUAUUCAAUUAUAUUUUGACAAUUGGAUUUUAUGAAUUACAAAGAUUUCGUAAGAAAAGUAUUAACACGAGUCAGACUGUAUGAAUGUAAUAUACAUUUGAUACAAAUGCAAUUGUGUAUACUGUAGUUACACAUUAUUUUGUAAGUUAACUUCCUGAAAGAGGUAUCGUUGCAUAAACUUUUGUCGAGGAGAUACGCAAUGCAAUUAUUGCAAGAAAAGUUUACAUGUGGCAGCAAUAUAGUUGACAGCUUUCAAACGGUUUCAUCGAAAACAUUUGUUUGAAUUUUUCUUUCACGAGGUAGCAUAAGAUAUUUAUGCGCACGCGGUCUGCACAUGAAUACACUAACUUUAUCAUUAACAGUUUGCGCAUAAGAGUCUAACCGUAGCUUAAGAAAUGUAAUACAUUUUUGUAACAAGAAAUGUCGACGAUAUAUCUAUUUUACACUUAAGAAGUAGGUGUCUGAUCGGAAGAGCAUUUUUUAUCAUUUAAUUUACUGAAUAUGAGUACGAUUGAAGAGGUUUCUCUCACAAUCAAAAUAGCCUAUAAGCAUACUGUGUUUUUUCGCUAACCACUCUGAUAUAUUGUAAUUGCACUUGUUAUCAAAUUAUAGGAAAACGGAUACCUAUGCCUAUUAUAGAACUUACAGUAUUUUUCGAGUAUUAAUAUCGCCUUUAUGGAAAAUUAGGUAUAAAAUUAAUUAUCGUUGUCCCUCUCUGGUGAUGAGAUGAAUUCUAUGAAACCCUACUAAUUCCAUUUUCCUGUAUUGUAUAAGCAAAAUGAUUAUCAUUGCUAUCUUCCGUGUAUUCCCUUUAGCGUAGAACAUUUUAUGGAGUAAUUAAGUACGUAAUGGCGCAUUCAAAAGAAUAAUGGUUCACAUUACGGCGUGAGGUGCAUAGGUGGGUCAUAUAUUUUGUCUUGCCUAAUUUUACAACAGAGAUAGAGAAGCAUGGUAAAGCCCGUAUUAAGAAUUACAGUUAAAACUUUUCAUCUCAUCACUAUAGGGCUAAUGAGUACUUGCAAGUGUAGCGUUAUUCCCGCAUCACGAUAAUUAGGGGACACCCACUAGGGGAAAAGAAAAACAUAAGGGACUGAUUAGUGAAAUGGGGCCAAUAACGUAUAUUUGAUAAGUCUUAUUAAAUGAUUCGAAGUUGCCAAUAUGUAAAUUUUGAUGAUGAGGCUCAUCAAAUAUGCAAUGUCAAAUUCGUCAUGCUCUCCCAAUACAAAGCCCCUUUUUUAAUUUAAUUAAUAUAAAUACGAUUCAUGUUUGUUCUCAUUAUCAGCUGAAAGUUGAUUGAAGUUAGUCUUCCUAGUUGACAGUUUCGUGGCUUGUAAGUAAAACAUUAGUAACGCAAUUUGCAAAACAAAAUGUUUUAUCCUUUGAUUUCUUCAAUGUUUAACUCAACGAACAGCAUUAUUUUAUUUGUAUCACGUGAUAAUCUCACCACGCCGAUUGACAGAGAUCUUGUAGAUUGAAUCAAUAUGUUCAGUACAUUGUGUUUAUUGAAAAUAUUUUUAUAUGCUCUGCAAUGAAUAACUUUGAUGCAUGUAAUUUUGAAAUUCUAUUAUCUUCUCGAAAUCGCUAUAUCAAGAGUCAUAGUAGUAGAAAAUAGUACGUAUUGUAAAUAAAUUGAAGUGCCGAUGGAAAAGUA